GGGUGAAGUUAGAAACACCUUCCCCCAGAUCAAGGGGCUCUUCAUCACCGGUCUGCCGUCUUCAUCCGUCCACCCAGAAGUCAAAGAGCAAAGAGAUCGGUUUGCGGGCUGCUGGGUAUCACCUGUAAUCAGCUGAGUCCGCUUUUAUGCAUGCGCGCUCUUAAUUACAGCAUACAGUGCGCAUUAAAACGCACGGGCGCUGCUAGACUGUUGAAGCUCUCUGGUGCAGAGUCAGAGCCGUGUCCAGAGGAGCGAAGAGCAGCCGCGACGGAAGUGUUUCAUUAAUAAGUUCAUGAUGGAUCGAUGGAGCCAAGUGCGCCUGACGUGGCUGCUGUUGCUGCUCGUCGCCUCGCUGCAUACCUCAGGAGCAGUCGCUCCUGUCGAUGUCCUGAAGGUCCUGGAGGUAUCGGAGGACAUGGAGGGCGUGUCGUUAGAGGCAGGGCUGUGCAUCAGCAGAGAGGGGAGAGAGGAGCCAGACCUCUCCUUUAAAAUCAAUAAGAAGAUUCAGCUGAGUGCUCCCACCAUGCAAUUUUUCCCUGAUUCUGCAUUCCCUGUGAAUUUCUCAGUGGUGACAACAGUUAGAGCUCUGAAAGGCUCACAGGUCUUUCUCCUCUCCCUCUAUGACUCGCAGGGCACACAGCAGCUGGGCAUAGAGAUCGGCCGUUCUCCUGUAUUCCUGUAUGAGGACCAUGAGGGCCAGCCCCCUCCAGACCUUUACCCCACUUUUAGGAAGGUCAACCUGGCUGAUGGCAAUUGGCACAGAAUAGCCUACAGUGUGGAUGGGCAGUCAGUGACUCUCUACCUGGACUGUGAGAAGCUGAACACCCUUGACCUGCUCAGAGGUCACGACCCCCACGUCAGCACUGAGGGUGUUACCGUGUUUGGAACACGGCUGCUGGAUGAAGAUGUGUUUGAGGGAGACAUCCAGCAACUACUGAUCAUCGACGACCCCAGAGCAGCGGAGACGUACUGUCAGGACUACAUCCCAGACUGUGACGCACCUUUACCCUACAACAGCAUAUUAACAAAGGCCGAAGAGGUGGAGAGACCGCCAAAGAAACACGUGGUCGAAGAAUACGAAGAGUUUGACUUCAGCGACCUCUAUGAUGACUCCUAUGUUUCCACGGUGACCGCCGGUCCAAAUGUCACAGAGUACGAGAUCAUAGAGUACGAAGACUACGACAACACAACAAACUACCACCACGUGAACGAGUAUGAGUAUGAGGAAGAAUAUGAUGACCGCUAUGGACCUGCGGAGAGAGAGCGGGAAUUCUCCAUUAACGCACAGGAUAUACCAGAGAAAGGACAGAAAGGCGAGCCAGGGUAUUUGGGAGCGGGAACACAGAUCACAGGACCCUAUGGACCUCCAGGGCCCGAGGGAGAGCCGGGGCCACCUGGAGUCACGGGACCAGUGGGACCUCGAGGAGACGCUGGAGAGCCGGGUCCUCCAGGGCGGCCAGGCCUUAAUGGUGUUGAUGGGAUACCAGGUCCCCCAGGAAACAUCAUGCUUAUACCGUUCCACUCAGGUGGCGAUCCAAAGACAGGUUCUGUGGUUUCUGCACAAGAAGCACAAGCUCAGGCCAUCCUGCAGCAGACCAAGCUGGCUAUGAAGGGACCUCCAGGGUCACUCGGCCUCAGGGGAAGACCUGGGCCACUGGGUGCACCAGGCCCCUCUGGGCUGAAGGGGGCCACUGGUGAGAUGGGACCACCAGGCCCUCCAGGACAGCCAGGUAUCUCCGGUCAGAAUGGGCGACUUGGGAAACGGGGUCGAGCAGGUGCAGACGGGGGUCGUGGUGAAAUAGGGGAGACUGGAGCAAAGGGAGACAGGGGAUUUGAUGGCUUGCCUGGUCUCCCUGGAGACAAAGGGCAUAACGGCGACAGAGGGAAGCCAGGCCCUGUAGGUCCUCCUGGAGAGCUGGGAGAGAAGGGUUCUCAGGGGCCACCUGGGCCGAGAGGACAACCAGGUGAUGCUGGACCCAGAGGUAUGACUGGCCCCAGAGGUCGGCCCGGUCCCCCAGGCAUGCAAGGCAUUCGAGGAAUUGAUGGGGCUCAGGGUUCAAAGGGAAAUAUAGGGCCGCCAGGAGAAGUAGGAGCACCUGGACAGCAGGGCAACCCUGGAAUCAUUGGUUUUCCUGGUCCUCAGGGGUUAGUAGGGCUGCCAGGAGAAAAAGGUCCUCAAGGGAAGAAGGGGAUGAGAGGCUUGCCAGGAAAUGACGGGCCCCCAGGUCACCCUGGACGAGAAGGUACCCCGGGAGAAAAAGGACUGCCAGGUCCUCCAGGUGUCCAAGGGCCUGUUGGAUACCCUGGGCAACGAGGAGUUAAGGGAGCAGAUGGGCUCAGAGGUUUAAAGGGCAGCAAAGGAGAGAAGGGAGAGGAUGGUUUUCCAGGGGCCAAGGGGGAGAUGGGGGCAAAGGGGGAUGUUGGGGACAAUGGAGCACCAGGGUCUCGAGGCGAAGAUGGACCUGAAGGUCCCAAAGGCCAGUUGGGUCCCCAGGGGGAGGCUGGACUUAUUGGUAUUCCCGGAGAGAAGGGUAAACUGGGAGUACCGGGACUGCCAGGAUUUCCAGGGCGACAGGGGCCGAAGGGAUCUGAUGGGUUUCCUGGUUCAGUGGGAGCUUUGGGAGAAAAAGGGAAAAAAGGCCCUGCAGGACAACCAGGAAGCGCAGGCCAGAGGGGACCAAAUGGUGCACGAGGUGCCAGGGGAGCGAGAGGGCCUACUGGUAAAUCAGGAGAAAAGGGUGCUUCAGGACAUGAUGGCCCACCAGGACCAUCUGGAGAAAGGGGACCUCAAGGGCUACAAGGAAGGAAUGGAGAACCGGGACCUAAAGGAGCAGUUGGUCCAGCUGGGAAAGAUGGGCUUCCAGGUCACCCAGGUCAAAGAGGAGAGCCGGGAUUCCAAGGAAAGACUGGACCCCCAGGACCGUCAGGUGUGGUGGGCCCUCAGGGCAAAUCAGGAGAGCCCGGUCCACCAGGGGACCGAGGUCACCCAGGAGCACCAGGUGUACCUGGAGAGCAUGGUUUACCUGGGACUGCUGGGAAGGAAGGUGGAAAGGGGGACCCCGGUUUACAUGGGACAUCUGGGAAAAAUGGACCUCCAGGCAUGAAAGGGUUCAGAGGGAGCAGAGGAGCCCCGGGCAUUAUGGGACCUCCUGGUCUGAAAGGUGGAUCGGGACCUCGUGGAUCACCAGGAGCCAUAGGGCCAACGGGUGAGAGGGGCCCUCCAGGACCAGCUGGUGCCAUUGGACAGCCUGGUAGGGCCGGAGCAAUUGGAGGACCUGGACCAAUGGGAGAGAAGGGGGAGCCUGGAGAGAAGGGUCCAAUAGGACCGGCAGGUCAGGAUGGGGAUCAGGGACCUGUAGGGAUGCUUGGGGCAAUGGGCACUGCGGGACCUGCAGGAGAGGACGGGGAUAAGGGAGAGCAGGGAAAACCUGGACAGAAAGGCAGCAAAGGAGACAAAGGAGAAGGAGGGCCUCCAGGGCCUACUGGCCCCCAGGGGCCGAUAGGUCAGCCAGGACUUCCAGGUCUAGAUGGUUUGCCAGGUCCUCGGGGCCAACAGGGCAUGUAUGGCCCCAAAGGAGAUGAAGGUCCCAGAGGCUUCAAGGGCUCUACAGGACCAAUAGGAUUACAGGGCAUGCCUGGCCUACCAGGAGAAAAAGGCGAGAGUGGCCAUGUGGGACUGAUGGGUCCACCUGGACAACAAGGACCUUCUGGUUCUCAAGGACCUAUUGGGGGGCAGGGGCCACCUGGUCGUCCCGGGAUGAUUGGGCAGCCAGGUGUUGUUGGAGAGAAGGGUGAGGAUGGUGAGGCAGGUGAUCCUGGACCAGUUGGUGUUUCAGGAAAGCCAGGAGCAAAAGGAGAACAAGGGGAGAAGGGAGAUACGGGUCCUUCAGGAAUGUCUGGUCCUCCAGGAGCUAGAGGCACCCCAGGGGAGGAUGGAGCCAAAGGCAAUGCUGGUCCUAUAGGUCUGACUGGGGACCUUGGACAGCAGGGAGAGCCUGGACCCAACGGUGUUGAUGGCCUCUCUGGAUCUAAAGGAGACACAGGAGAUCCUGGAAAACUUGGACCCCCAGGGGCACCCGGGGAACCUGGACCAUCUGGACCUCCAGGGCGAAGGGGCCACAUGGGGAAACCAGGAAAGGAAGGAAAAGCAGGCCUGAAAGGAGCGAAGGGUGCUCUGGGAUUGGAAGGUCCCAUUGGGAAGAUGGGCCCUGUAGGAGCCCAGGGGCAUCCUGGCAAGCCUGGUCCCCAGGGUCUGAGAGGGAUCCCCGGGCCUGCAGGUGAGCAGGGUUUAAAUGGACCACCAGGCCAGACAGGACCACCAGGUCCCAUGGGUCCACCGGGUAUAACAGGACUGAAGGGAGACCCCGGCAAGAAGGGAGACAAGGGUCAUGGUGGUGUAAUAGGUCUGAUAGGGCCACCAGGAGACAUUGGAGAGAAGGGUGACAGAGGACUACCAGGAAACCAGGGAUUACUGGGUCCAAAGGGAGAUGAGGGUCCAGUUGGUCCAUCAGGUCCUCCCGGUCCACCUGGUCCUACGGGUCUGUCUGGUGUGAUUGGUCAGAAGGGGUCUAAAGGAAAUCAGGGUCCAAUUGGUCCUAGAGGAGACACUGGGCCUGCAGGACCUCCAGGACUCCCAGGACUACCAGCAGCUGGUGUGGUCCCUCUGCCACAACGAGGCAGAAGAAGGAGAAAUCACUCCUGGGUGGAUGGUGCUGCACUUGAAGAUGAAGAGGAUGGGGAGGAGGAGGAGGCCAUAGAUGGGGGAGAGGAGGAAAUGAUGCAAGGGGAUCAGGCGGAGCAGGACAGCCAGCUAAACGAAAAGAAGGGCCAAGGCAUGGAGGAAGUGUUUGCCUCUCUAUCCUCAAUGAAAGUUGAAGUAGAAGGUCUGCGCACCCCGCAAGGGACAUAUCACAGCCCCGCCCGCACCUGCAAAGAGCUUUGGCUUCUCCACCCAGAUCUCCCCAACGGCGAAUACUGGAUAGAUCCCAACCAGGGUUGCCAUAGAGACUCCUUCAAGGUGUUUUGUAACUUCACCGCACAGGGAGAGACGUGUCUGUACCCCGACAAGAAGUUCCAGUCGGUAAAACUAGCAUCCUGGAAAGGGGAAAAGCCUGGCAGAUGGUACAGUCAAUUCAGGAAAGGAAAACAGUUUUCCUACUCCGGGUCAGAUGGCGUUUCAGUCGACAUUGUCCAGGUGACCUUCCUGAAGCUGCUAAGUGCCACAGCCAAGCAGAUAUUCACCUACCACUGCCUUAACUCUGCUGCUUGGCUGCACACCGCCACGUACAACCACGAAUACGCACUGCGCUUCAGAAGCAGCGACGGCGAGGAGCUGACAUACGAGAACACACAUUACAUCACUGCACUAUACGACGGGUGUCAGACACGCUCAGGGCAGGAGAGGACAGUUUUGGAAUUUGACUCUCCGCUGUCCAACACGCUUCCCAUCAUCGAUGUAGCUGUGUCCGACUUUGGAAAUAAGAACCAGAAAUUUGGUUUCGAAGUUGGCCCGGUCUGUUUCAACGGUUAACAGAGUCAGGGAGUAAUUUAAAGGGAAAACGAGCCAUGGACAUUUUUUACAUGCAGGGAAAAAAAGAAAAAAAACUAGAUUCAAAACCACAUAUUUAUAAGUUGAUAUACCUACAACAGUGUUCCUUCUUCUGUACACACACUCGUUUGCAUACUCUGUCCUUCAUUCACACAGCCCUGUCAAGCAUUCUCACUGUGGGCUUACAUGCUGUCAUUAAGAGAACUGCAUACAUGUACUGAUUGUUAAAAACCCCUCAGCGACACUCAUUUUGUCUUCUUUUCUUUUUGAAGGAGUAAGUGGUGCUCUCACAGUUUCAUUCGUGUCCUUCUGUUCUUACAAAUAAUGAGCUGUGCACUCAAAUCUCAUCCAUAUGUAGUCACACAGAAGCAUGUUUCUGCAAUGUUCAUUCUCCAUGUUCUUCAGCAUUGUCAUCAAACCUCAAUUUGUUGUGUUGUUUUUAUCUGUUGUUGUUGUAAUUUUGCAAUUAUGCCAAUCUGUUAUGUCAUGUAUAUUGGAGUUUAAUUCAUCAUGGUGCUAUAAUGGAGCUCCUUCUGGAGUAAAUGUUUUUUAAAAAUGGGUACUGGGGCAGUGCAUUUUUUUCUUUUUUUUCAACAUUGUGAAGCCAUGUUUAAUAUUUUUUCUGCUUAACAACCUGUGGUGUGUGAUUGCCUCGAGAUCUUUCUAUGCAUAUAUGUGUGGGGAAGUGACUGAUUAACAUAUUUUAAUAAAAGUACACGAUGU